AUGUGUUUGUACUUGAGUAGAGAACACCCCGAAUUGGUUAAUCAGAAAGACAAGUAUGAUAAACACUGUCUCCAUCACAUUGCACAAUCUGGCAAUGUAGAAUGUUUCGGAUCAAUAGCUCCCUUAUUUCUCAAAGAAAAAUCAAAAGCAGAACGUGAGCAGUUCAUUACGACACUUUUGGACAGAUUCGGAGGAACAAUUUUACACCAAGCUUGUGCAACUGGACAAACAGAUAUGUGCUUGUAUUUAACAAGAGAAUAUCCAAAACUGAUUUUUCAAAAAACUAAAUACAACUUACACUGUCUACAUGCAAUUGCUGAAGGGGGUAGUGUGGAAUGUUUUCAAUCAAUAUCUGCUUUAGUCCUAAAAGAUAAACCCAAACAAGAACGCAAGGAGUACCUAGGAACGCUUUUAGACGAAAACGGUUCCACAGUUUUACAUCACGCUUGUUUAGCUGGAAAAACAGAUAUGUGUUUUUACUUGAUCAAGGAAAUUCCUAACGUUCUUUUUCAAAAAAAUAACAAUAACUGUCACUGUCUUCAUUCCAUUGCUCACAACGGUAGUGUGGAAUGUUUUCAAUCAAUAUCUGCAUUAGUGCUGAAAGAUAAGACCAAAUUAGCAAAAGAACGUUUCAUACAAACACUUAAAGACGAAAAUGGUCUCACAGUUUUACAUCAUGCGUGUUUAUAUAACCAAACAGAUAUGUGUUUGUACUUGAGUAGAGAACACCCUGAAUUGGUUAAUCAGAAAGACAAGUAUGAUAAUCACUGUCUCCAUCACAUUGCACAAUCUGGCAAUGUAGAAUGUUUCCGAUCAAUAGCUCCCUUAUUUCUCAAAGACAAAUCAAAAGCAGAACAUGAGCAGUUCAUUACGGCACUUUUGAACACAGACGGAGGAACUAUUUUACAUCAAUCCUGUGCAGCUGGACAAACAAAUAUGUGUUUGUACUUGAUCAGAGAAUUUCCAAAACUGAUUUUUCAAAACACUAAACAUAACUUUCACUGUCUACAUGUAAUUGCUCAAUGCGGUAGUGUGGAAUGUUUUCAGUCAAUAUCUGCAUUAGUGCUGAAAGAUAAGACCAAAGUAGAAAAAGAACGUUUCAUACAAACACUUAAAGACGAAAACGGUCUCACAGUUUUACAUCAUGCGUGUUUAAAAAACCAAACAGAUAUGUGUUUGUACUUGAGUAGAGAACACCCCGAAUUGGUUAAUCAGAAAGACAAGUAUGAUAAACACUGUCUCCAUCACAUUGCACAAUCUGGCAAUGUAGAAUGUUUCCGAUCAAUAGCUCCCUUAUUUCUCAAAGAAAAAUCAAAAGCAGAACGUGAGCAGUUCAUUACGACACUUUUGGACAGAUUCGGAGGAACAAUUUUACACCAAGCUUGUGCAACUGGACAAACAGAUAUGUGCUUGUAUUUAACAAGAGAAUAUCCAAAACUGAUUUUUCAAAAAACUAAAAACAACUUACACUGUCUACAUGCAAUUGCUGAAGGGGGUAGUGUGGAAUGUUUUCAAUCAAUAUCUGCUUUAGUCCUAAAAGAUAAACCCAAACAAGAACGCAAGGAGUACCUAGGAACGCUUUUAGACGAAAACGGUUCCACAGUUUUACAUCACGCUUGUUUAGCUGGAAAAACAGAUAUGUGUUUUUACUUGAUCAAGGAAAUUCCUAACGUUCUUUUUCAAAAAAAUUACAAUAACUGUCACUGUCUUCAUUCCAUUGCUCACAACGGUAGUGUGGAAUGUUUUCAAUCAAUAUCUGCAUUAGUUCUGAAAGAUAAGACCAAAGUAGAAAUAAAACGUUUCAUGGAAACACUUAAAGACGAUAGCGGUUCCACAGUUUUACAUCAUGCGUGUUUAAAUAGCCGAACAGAUAUGUGUUUAUACUUGAGUAGAGAAUACCCUGAAUUGGUUAAUCAAAAAAACAAGUAUGAUAAACACUGUCUCCAUCACAUUGCACAAUCUGGCAAUGUAGAAUGUUUCCGAACAAUAGCUCAACUAGUUCUGAAAGAUAAAUCAAAAUCAGAAAGUGAGCAGUUCAUUACAACACUUUUGGACAGAUUCGGAAGAACAAUUUUACACCAAGCUUGUGCAACUGGACAAACAGAUGUGUGCUUGUAUUUGAUAAGAGAAUAUCCAAAACUGAUUUUUCAAAAAACUAAAAACAACUUACACUGUCUACAUACAAUCGCUCAAUGCGGUAGUGUGGAAUGUUUUCAGUCAAUAUCUGCAAUAGUUCUGAAAGAUAAGACCAAAGUAGAAAUGGAACAUUUCAUGGAAACACUUAAAGACGAAAACGGUCUCACAGUUUUACAUCAUGCGUGUUUAAAUAACCAAACAGAUAUGUGUUUGUACUUGAGUAGAGAACACCCUGAAUUGGUUAAUCAGAAAGACAAGUAUGAUAAACACUGUCUCCAUCACAUUGCACAAUCUGGCAAUGUAGAAUGUUUCCGAACAAUAGCUCAACUAGUUCUGAAAGAUAAAUCAAAAUCAGAAAGUGAGCAGUUCAUUACAACACUUUUGGACAGAUUCGGAAGAACAAUUUUACACCAAGCUUGUGCAACUGGACAAACAGAUGUGUGCUUGUAUUUGAUAAGAGAAUAUCCAAAACUGAUUUUUCAAAAAACUAAAAACAACUUACACUGUCUACAUACAAUCGCUCAAUGCGGUAGUGUGGAAUGUUUUCAGUCAAUAUCUGCAAUAGUUCUGAAAGAUAAGACCAAAGUAGAAAUGGAACAUUUCAUGGAAACACUUAAAGACGAAAACGGUCUCACAGUUUUACAUCAUGCGUGUUUAAAUAACCAAACAGAUAUGUGUUUGUACUUGAGUAGAGAACACCCCGAAUUGUUUAUUCAGAAAGACAAGAAUGAUAAUCACUGUCUCCAUCACAUUGCACAAUCUGGCAAUGUAGAAUGUUUCCGAUCAAUAGCUCCCUUAUUUCUCAAAGACAAAUCAAAAGCAGAACGUGAGCAGUUCAUUACGGCACUUUUGAACAAAGACGGAGGAACAAUUUUACAUCAAUCCUGUGCAACUGGACAAACAAAUAUGUGUUUGUACUUGAUCAGAGAAUUUCCAAAUCUGAUUUUUCAAAACACUAAACAUAACUUUCACUGUCUACAUGUAAUUGCUCAAUGCGGUAGUGUGGAAUGUUUUCAGUCAAUAUCUGCAUUAGUGCUGAAAGAUAAGACCAAAGUAGAAAAAGAACGUUUCAUACAAACACUUAAAGACGAAAACGGUCUCACAGUUUUACAUCAUGCGUGUUUAAAUAACCAAACAGAUAUGUGUUUGUACUUGAGUAGAGAAUACCCUGAAUUGGUUAAUCAGAAAGACAAGUAUGAUAAACACUGUCUCCAUCACAUUGCACAAUCUGGCAAUGUAGAAUGUUUCCGAUCAAUAGCUCCUUUAUUUCUCAAAGACAAAUCAAAAGGAGAACGUGAGCAGUUCAUUACGACACUUUUGGACAUAGGCGGAAGAACAAUUUUACAUCAAUCCUGUGCAACUGGACAAACAAAUAUGUGUUUGUACUUGAUCAGAGAAUUUCCAAAACUGAUUUUUCAAAACACUAAACAUAACUUUCACUGUCUACAUGUAAUUGCUCAAUGCGGUAGAGUGGAAUGUUUUCAGUCAAUAUCUGCAUUAGUGCUGAAAGAUAAGACCAAAUUAGAAAAAGAACGUUUCAUACAAACACUUAAAGACGAAAACGGUCUCACAGUUUUACAUCAUGCGUGUUUAUAUAACCGAACAGAUAUGUGUUUGUACUUGAGUAGAGAACACCCUGAAUUGGUUAAUCAGAAAGACAAGUAUGAUAAUCACUGCCUCCAUCACAUUACAUAAUCUGGCAAUGUAGAAAGUCUCCGAUCAAUAGCUCCUUUAUUUCUCAAAGACAAAUCAAAAGCAGAACGUGAGCAGUUCAUUACGACACAUUUGGACACAGACGGAGGAACAAUUUUACAUCAAUCCUGUGCAACUGGACAAACAAAUAUGUGUGUUUGUACUUGAUCAGAGACUUUCCAAAACUGAUUUUUCAAAACACUAAAAAUAACUUUCACUGUCUACAUGUAAUUGCUCAAUGCGGUAGAGUGGAAUGUUUUCAGUCAAUAUCUGCAUUAGUGCUGAAAGAUAAGACCAAAUUAGAAAAAGAACGUUUCAUACAAACACUUAAAGACGAAAACGGUCUCACAGUUUUACAUCAUGCGUGUUUAUAUAACCAAACAGAUAUGUGUUUGUACUUGAGUAGAGAACACCCUGAAUUGGUUAAUCAGAAAGACAAGUAUGAUAAUCACUGUCUCCAUCACAUUGCAAAAUCUGGCAAUGUAGAAUGUUUCCGAUCAAUAGCUCCCUUAUUUCUCAAAGACAAAUCAAAAGCAGAACGUGAGCAGUUCAUUACGGCACUUUUGAACACAGACGGAGGAACAAUUUUACAUCAAUCCUGUGCAACUGGACAAACAAAUAUGUGUUUGUACUUGAUCAGAGAAUUUCCAAAACUGAUUUUUCAAAACACUAAACAUAACUUUCACUGUCUACAUGUAAUUGCUCAAUGCGGUAGUGUGGAAUGUUUUCAGUCAAUAUCUGCAUUAGUGCUGAAAGAUAAGACCAAAUUAGAAAAAGAACGUUUCAUACAAACACUUAAAGACGAAAACGGUCUCACAGUUUUACAUCAUGCGUGUUUA